CCGAAACCUUUUUUCUCUCAGCGGUACGGAUCGUUUCCCCCGGAGCUCAAAUCUCAAGCCAAGUUGAUUCGACUUGAUUCAACUUGAUUCAAGUAUUCUUCAAUGACACCACGCUCGAAGACCCUGAAAGAGGUCUACCUCUCGGUGUACAAUGCCACCACUGCAUUGGCAUGGUCGGUAAUUCUCUAUGCGACGCUAAACGACCUACAACUGUACUUGGAUCCAGACACUCCAGAUCAAUACCAAUCGAAUAUCUACGUCAGUCACCAAUUCUCUAGCUACCCCCAUAAACUCUUGGUGGAUAUCCAAUUGGUCAAUGCUUGUUUUGAAAUCAUCCAUGCAAUCAGUGGUGUUGUGCCCUCUCCCGUCGGUACAGUUUUACUUCAAUUUGCUGCCCGCUUAUUAUUAACCCACGGUAUUUCGUAUACUUUACCUAACUCUCCUGGUAAUUUCAAUUUUGCUGCAUACAUAACAAUGUCUAUCGCAUGGUGCUUUUCCGAAAUCAUCAGAUAUGGUUUCUACCUUAUCAAGUUGGUAUACCCGGAUAAUAUUCCUUAUGCUUUGAUCUGGAUAAGAUACUCUGCUUUCUUUCUUCUUUAUCCAGCUGGGCUUCUUAGUGAGUCCACUAUUGUGUACCAGAGCUUACAAGUGUUGCCCAAAUGGUCACCGUACUACUGCUUUCUUGUCUUUGGGUUGUUUCUGUACGUCCCUGGGUUUGUCACUUUAUAUGCUUACAUGAUCAAGCAAAGAGGUAAGGUUUUAACUAGGCAAUUGAAGUUUAGAAAACUGGCUUGAGUACCAACGUUCAAUUAGUCUAGCUCAAUGACUCUUAUAAAUAAUAUUGAAAUUCUUCAAAGUCUUGUUUUGUAUUAGGC